GAAUUUAAUUUCGGAUCAAACCAUUUUUUGAAGAUUGUGAAGGUUAGUAUCGAUUGAUCUUCAUUACCAUCUGCUUCAAACGUUUAAACUUCUAGCUCCUUUCGGGUCAAUCGAUAGAUGAUUCUUGUCUUGUUCAAUAUAAGGCGAACACAUCGAGAAGAGACUGUUGCAUCAUUUCUUCACAGCAAUUGAAGAGCAAAGACGUGAUCCCGGCAGCUCAAAUGACAUUGAGGCGUUGUUUCACUCUGUUUAUCAAGAUUCAAGAGGAGAACACAUUGUUGUCGUCUGGUCAACAACAGUUGCGUAUUCCUCUUGAGCCUAAAGGCUCUUAUAUUUCUCGACCCGUCCUAGGUUUGAUCUGUCUUCAGUUAAGAACUAAGGUUGCGAUAUGCAAUCCGGGUACGAAGAAAAUUCGGACUUUACCCGAGAUCCAAGCGCCUGAACCAGCUCACAUAUAUACUUUUUUCGGAUACGAUGAAACUAAGAAUGUAUUCAAGGUGUUACGUAUAACAAGACCGAUCACAUGUAAGGAUGGUCACUCACCAGAAUCUGAAGGACUAUUUAAAGGAGGGGUUUUGUACUAUGCAGCUGAUCUCUAUAGUGACAGUACUCGGGUAAUAAUGAGCUUCAAUGUUGGGUCUGAAGAUUUUAGUGUCAUUGAAUUACCAAAGGGAGUUGAUUUUUCUAGUCUUGGUUGGAACUUGGUGAAUUACAAAGGGAAUAUUGCCUUAUCUAGUUGUGAUGACUACGACAAUGGAGAUUUGCAAAUAUGGGUUAGAAAAAUGGGAGUAUGGUUAAGCAAAAGCAUUAAGAUUCCUAGUUGGAAAGAAAAUGUUGAAGGUCUCAAGUUUUAUUUCAGAGGUACUAUCGGAACAGGAGAACUUGUUUUCACAGAGUACUUCUAUUUUGAAAAUGAAUCACCCUAUAUUGUGUUGUAUUACGAUAAAAAGGCGAAAAAUCUCAGAAGAUUUGAGAUUGAAGAGUUGACUGAGGGGCAUUGUGUUGAAACCUUCUUGGAUCAUGUUGAUAGUACUUGGCUUAUAUGUGAUGAAGAAUAAUAGAAACUUAUUGGUUGUUCUGGCUCUCAGAAACAGUUGACUAUGGAGGAGAAUCGCGAGAUAAUUUCGAAAGAAGCCAUUGAUUUGGUAAGAAAUGCUUCUUUCCCUCUGACUUUCUGCGCGAAAAUUGUUUGGCAUUGUGUUAUUUCAGAGGUUUUGAACUCAAAGGGUUUGAGUCUUGCUUGUUUGCGUUUGUUAUUUCCAAGGAAUAGUCAACUAUGGAGGAGAAUCGCGAGACUGUUUCGAAAGAAGCCAUUGAUUUGGUAAGAAAUGCUUAUUUCCCUC